AUGGAAGUCGACAAAAUAAACGUUGAUAUCAGUCAAGAAAAAAAAAGCAAGCCUAAGAAAUUAGUUGGUUAUACUUUAUUUUUAUUAUUUGGUAUUGGAACAUGGCUUAAUUUAAAUGGUAUAUGGAUAGAAUUACCAUUAUUAAUACCUCGAUUACCUGAAGGAUGGUCGUUAUCACCUCAAUUAGGAAUGGCAAGUAAUAUAGCUAAUAUUGGACCAUUAAUAAUAGCAUUAAUUCGUCAUUUUAUUGGUAAAUCAUCAUCAUAUGAAGUACCAUCAAUAUGUAUUAUAUUUGCUGUUGGAAUAUCCGUUCCAUUAAUACUUUCAUUUACAUGGUUUAGACAAAUAUAUUUAUUUGGAAAAUUUCGAUCAAUUUAUUUAUUAAUUCUUGGUUUUUUUCUUGCCUUAGUUAAUUGUACAUCAUCAGUAACAUAUCUUCCAUUUGUUAAUCAUUUUGAUCAUAAAUGGUUAAAUAUUUAUUUUGCUGGUGAAUCAUUAUCAUCAUUAAUUCCAGCUAUACUUGGUCUUAUACAGGUAAUAUUUAGAUUUAUUUAUUUUAAAUAAAAAAAAUAAAAAAUAAUUAUUUUAUAUA